UUGACUGUCAACGCGUUUGCGAUCACGGACACGACGCGACGAUUCGACAAUAAAUCAUGAGGAUCGUUAUCAGUCUACUUUUCAUUCUGUCGAACGGCGUGCUGAACAGCGGAAGCGCCAAGGAGCACGUGCACUUCAAGAUUCACGUGCCCGAAAUAAUAAAACACCAUAUUCACACGAAAACGGUGUUCAUACAUAUUCACAAGCCGGAUAUUUCGCCACCGAAGAAGCACAAGCCCAAGGAAGAACCACCAAAGAAGAAGAAGACCCAUCACAAGGAAAUACAUCACGAAGAUUGGAGUUCCUGGAGCACAUAUGGCUACCAGGGCGAUCACGAUGAUAAAUCGGGCAAUGAUUUGCUCAAGAAUCAACAGGAUCACAAGGACGAUGAUGUUCACAAAGAGGUGGCUCAUAAGAACAACAAUCCCUUCGCCCAGUAUCCAUAUCACAGGGAUUCUUACUUGCCCCAGUUGCCAUACGAAGACAAACCUGAAGAUUAUCUCAAAGGAAAAGACGGCGACACGAUAGGAUAUUCGUAUCCGCCGCAGUACGCAGUGACGGAGAACGUCCAAGAACUAGAUAACAACAGCAUCGAGCCUUAUAUGCACACAUUCGAGGAAGGUUAUCAUAAAGAAGGUGAAUCCGUCAGUGGACACACUUACUCGGAUGACGUGACGAAAUUCUACGACAACAAACACGAGGAAGGCGAACACGAAAAGGGUAACCACUCCGCUGAGCAGUAUCAAAAUGAAUCGAAGGAAAGAACUCACGCGGGUCGUUACUUCGUCGAUGAUUCGGAUUACCAGCCAAAUAAAAAAGUGGAGAAACGUGUGCGGCCUAAAAUUUGGGUGCGGUUGUAAAGUAACGGUGAAACGUGAAUAAAGAGACGUGCCAAUUAGAUAGACAUUAAUUAAAUUCUGCAUUUAUCAGCGAGAAAAAUUAAAAAAUGAAAAAAAAGAACGGUAGAAAAUUUAACGAUAUUAAAAAGAAUUAAUUGCAUUAUCGAAAAAAUUAUAAGCUGAUUUUAAUCACCCGGUGACGUCAAAUAUCCGGCCAGAAAUAAACAAGAUUUGGAGAGAUGUGAAAGUUAAGAUAAAUAUGUAUUAAUAAAAAAAGGAGUAUGCGUUUUAAAUAUU